AAGCAAAUCUUUUGUCCCUGGCGGCGCUGAGCCAGCAGGGCGCCGCCGGGUAUAUACUGAGUCCGGUGGAGGACGGCGGCGCACCAUGGCGCAGCGCUCCGGGAAGAUCACUCUCUACGAGGGCAAGCACUUCACAGGCCGGAAGCUGGAGGUCUUCGGGGACUGUGACAACUUCCAGGACCGAGGCUUUAUGAACAGAGUAAACUCCAUCCGGGUGGAGAGUGGCGCCUGGGUCUGCUUUGAUCACCCCGAUUUCCGGGGCCAGCAGUUCAUCCUGGAGCACGGUGACUACCCUGACUUCUUCCGAUGGAACGGCCACAAUGACCACAUGGGCUCCUGCCGGCCUGUAGGAAUGCAUGGGGAGCAUUUCCGGCUAGAGAUCUUCGAGGGCUGCAACUUCACGGGCCAGUGCCUGGAGUUCCUGGAGGACUGCCCCUUCCUGCAGAGCCAGGGCUGGACCAGGAGCUGCGUCAACGCCGUCAAGGUCUACGGGGAUGGAGCAUGGGUCCUCUAUGAGGAGCCCAACUACCGUGGCCGAAUGUACGUGGUGGAGAGGGGCGACUUCCGCAGCUUCUCCGACUGGGAGGCCCACAGUGCCCGUGUGCAGUCGCUCCGCAGGGUGGUCAACUUCUUCUAGCCCUGGGGACAGGGC